UUAGUGUAAGCAUUGUGUGUGUUUAGGAUUCUCUUUCACUCUUUACUUUCUGUCAGUCAUUGGGUUCUGAGUUUAACAUUUUUUGUGGGGUUCAAUUUUUAGAACUAAACAAAUUUGUGCCAUUCUCUCAAAUCACAAUCUUUCUAACUUCUUCCCCCCAUUUUCCCACUUUCACCUCUCCUCAAAUUCAUCGAUCCAUGGAUUCUUUUCGUUAAAGUUUUCAACUUUAGUCUCUCAGCAAGAAGGAGAAAUGCUUCAGUUCAUUUGGAAAUUGGAAUGACUAUGAUAUGAAUAUGAACUCUCAUCAUUCCUACUUUGUUAAUUUUCUGUAGAAGGGAAAAACUUUCUUAGGUGAUUGUAUUUAUUGUUUUUGCUUUGGUGGCUAUCUCAGUAAACAACAAUUAACUGGGUGUUGGAGUUGGGGAACCUUCAAGUUUUGGCAAUAAUGCAUGUUAGGUGUGAUUAAUUUUCUGGAACAAUGUCUAGAGUUACUAAAUGGAAGAUUGAGAAAACAAAAGUUAAGGUGGUUUUUCGCCUUCAAUUCCAUGCUACACAUAUUCCACAAUCUGGAUGGGAUAAACUGUUUAUCUCCUUCAUCCCUGCUGACUCUGGGAAGGUAACAUCAAAAACAACCAAAGCAAAUGUCAGAAAUGGAACUUGUAAGUGGUCAGAUCCAAUCUAUGAAACUACAAGACUCCUCCAAGACAUUAAAACGAGGCAAUAUGAGGAGAAGCUUUACAAACUUGUUGUGGGGAUGGGUUCUUCACGAUCUAGCAUCCUUGGCGAGGCCAUCAUAAAUCUGGCUGAUUUUGUCGAUGCAUUGAAGCCUACUGCUGUAGCUUUGCCUCUUAAUGGAAGUGAUCCCGGAGUCACACUACAUGUCGCAGUGCAGCUUCUCACUUCCAAAACCGGUUUUAGAGAAUUUGAACAGCAGAGGGAACUCAGGGAAAGGGGUCUACAGACAACCUCUGACCAAGGCACUCAUGAUGAAUCUGCUGAUAGCAAAGAGUCAUCUCCUGACCAGAAUGUCAAUAAUCACAUUAAUAAGGUCAAUUCAAGAGUGAGAUUGAAAAGGGAAUCUAAAGAUCUCCUCCGUACUUCUUCAAUCGAAGUGGAGUCAGGGUUAAAUGAAGAGUAUGCUGACUCAGCUGCUGGAUUUGAUGGCUCUUCUACUACUUCUGAAAGUGUUUAUACUGAGAAGCAUGAUAUCUGCAGUAUGCAUGAAGUGGACAGCCUUAAAAGCACAAUCUCUGGUGAUUUAGGUGUACUAUCUCUCGGUCAUAGUCCUCAGCCAGAGAAAGGAGAAGCACCUGAUAACCAGUUUCCAUCACAGGGCAAUGCUAGGGUUCAUGGUUGGAGCCUAGACUACUCAGCUGCCAAUAACUUGGCUGUUGCUUCCGGAGACUGUAGCAGUAGCAGUCUUAAGGGAAAUUUAGAAGCAGUUGAGUCAUCUAUCGUUGAUCUAAAACUGAAGGUGAACUGUUUGCAACAUCAUGCUGAUAAAAUAGGUGUUGAAACAAAACUUUUUUCUGAGCAAAUUGCUGCUGAGAUAUCAUCAGGAGAAGAGCUAGCAAAAGAGGUUGCUGUACUAAAAUCAGACUGUUCAAAGUUUAAAGAUGAAUUUGAGCAGCUUAAAAGUUCUAAGUUAAGCUUAGCACUUGCUCGCAAUGAAGCUACUGAGACAGAUCGCGAUAAAUUAUUCUACAAUUUACAGCUUAAAUGGCACAAGGGGCUUUUGCUCAUGGAAAAUAAGUUAAGAGAUAUUCAGAAGGUAUCUAUGGGAAUUCCUGAAAGGGAUUUUAGGUUCUUUAACUUGGAGUUAGAGAGAGUGGUUGAGAUUUUGCAGGAUCUCAAACAAGAAUCUGGAGAUCCUAUUUCGGGGACUAUCGUUGCCAAUGGAAGAGAGAACAAGCAAAUGGAUUUACAAAUGGGUGAGCAACUUUUAACAGAUAUUGGGUCUGAUGCAGCUUUAUAUCAACCUGAAAGCUUGACUCGUUAUCUUACCGUACCUGGCCUUGUGUCUCAUGAGUUUGAUUCCGUUGAUCCCACCCUUGCUAUGAAAGAGAAAAUCUUUGAACUUCUAAGGGAGCUAGACGAGUCCAAAAUUGAAAGGGAGGGAUUCGUGCGAAAAAUGGACCAGAUGGAGUGCUACUAUGAAGCUCUUAUACAGGAACUUGAGCAGAAUCAAAGGCAGAUGAUGGCUGAGUUGCAGAACCUCAGGAAUGAACAUUCUACUUGCCUAUAUGCAAUUUCUGCUGGUAAGACUGAGAUGGAGAAAAUGCACCAAAAUAUGAAUGAGCAGAUAAUGAAAUUUUCUGAAGAUAAGCGCAUUUUGGAAUCUCUCAACAGUGAGUUUGAAAGAAGAGCUAUUUCUGCUGAAGCAUCCCUUAAAAGGGCUAGAUUGAACUAUUCUAUUGCUGUUGGUCAAUUACAAAAAGAUCUCGAACUUCUUUCUGGCCAGGUUCUUUCUAUGCAUGAGACAAAUGAGAAUCUCAUAAAGCAGACCCUUUCCGAUUCUCCCCUUUCAAAUACUGAUGAUUUCCCAGAACCAUUGAAUUAUACUAAAAAUUCAGAAGGUCGUGCUUCUAAUCAAUUGCUACGUCAAAAUCACAGUUCUUCCUUUCAUAGACAACAUUCGGGUGAAGACAUUUUACUAAGCGAUUUGAAAAGAUCACUUCAAUUGCAAGAGGGGUUAUACAAACAGGUUGAAGAAGAAAUCUGCCAGAUGCAUUUUGUAAAUAUAUACUCAGACGUGUUUUCUAAGGCUCUGGAAGAAACAUUGCUUGAAGCCAGUUUUAACAUUCAGGCCACGGCAGAUGAAAAUUUUCAACUCUGUAGUCAGCUGGAGCUUACAAAUCAAUCCAACGAGUUGCUGGUUCUGAGGUUGCAGAAGGCCAUGAAUGAUAUCCUUUCGUUAAAGGAGUACAAGGAGAUUUGCAUAGCAAAGAGCAAUGAUCUUACUCAUCAGAACCAAAUUUUAGAGGCAAAUUUAAAAGAUCUUGCUCAUGAAAACAAUCUUCUUACUCAGAAAAUGAAUGAGUUGGAAGCCCUUCUGACAAAUUAUAGAGGUUACGAAACCAAAUACAUUGCAUGCAGUGCAGAAAACUCAGAGUUGAAGAGCUUAUUGAAAAAAGAAAGCCUAGAAAAUGACCAACUUCAUGAUGAAAUAUCCAUUUUGCAGGAAGAGUUAAAAUCUAUCAGAACUAAAUUUCAUGAGCUGGAUUCUAUGAAGAAUGAUCUGCAAAAUAAAGUCAUCUUUUCAUCUAAUCAGUUGCAGAAAUUGGUGGCAUCAUAUGAUGAUAGACACACUGAUCUUUCUCUUUGUAGUAGUUCUGCUUGUUUGGAUUCAAAAUGUGAAGACUUAGAAGGUCUGUUAUUGCGAUUAGAAGAGCAGCAACGUAAUGCUUUUGAUAGGAUCCUGGUACUCAUUGAAGAGAAGAAAAUUUUAGCGUGUGAAAAAAAUUUGGCUCAAGUAUCUUUAGACACAGCAGAAUCAGAUGCUCUAGUCAUGAAACAAAAGUUUGAGCGUGAUUUACAGCAGAUGGUAAGUAACAUAAGUGUGUCUGGUAUCCAGUUGCAGAAACUUGAAUCAGAUCUUGAGGUGCUUGUUGACAGGAUCAGUGCUGGUUUUAAAUCUGAAGAAAAAUACUCUCAGCAGCACAAUGAAUUGUUAUCCGGUCUUGAUCAUUUGGAAGCUGAACUUCAGCAACUUAAUUCCAGAAAUCAGGAUCUUACUCAAGAAAUUUUAAUGCUAGGUACUUCAUCUAGAGACCUUGAAAUGUGCAAGCUGACCUUAGCAGCAAUUACAGAGGAGAAGAAAGCUUUGGAGUUGUCGUUGGAAGACAAAACAGAAGAAUCUGCCAAGAUUUCAUCUGAGAUUAAUUUUUUGAAAACCAACCUGUGUUCUCUGCAGAAUGAGUUGCAUGAUGAAAAAGUCUUCAGAGAAAAAUUGGAAGCUGACCUUCAGCAACUUAAUUCCAGAAAUCAGGAUCUUACUCAUGAAAUUUUAAUGCUAGGUACUUCAUCUAGAGACCUUGAAAUGUGCAAGCUGACAUUAGCAGCACUUACAGAGGAGAAGAAAGCUUUGGAGUUGUCUUUUCAGGACAAAACAGAAGAAUCUGCCAAGAUUUCAUCUGAGAUUAAUGUUUUGAAAAGUAACUUGUGUUCUCUGCAAAAUCAGUUGCUUGAUGAAAAAAUCUUCAAAGAAAAAUUGGAGAAAACAAUUAUAGAUCUUACCACAGAAUUGAAUGAAAAGCAACACCAGCUGCAGGAUUCUGAUAUGAACAGACAAGAAGUGGUCUAUCUGAAGAAACUGGUCACAGACUUAGAAUUUGAGAAAUCAAAAAUCUCAGAUCUUUUACAGACAUCUGAAAUACGUCUUGAAGAUGCUUUAAAUGAAUCUUCUUCUACUAGUUGUCUGGAAACUCACUUGUCUGAAAUGCAUGAAUUUUCGAUAGCUACAGAUGUUGUUACGACGUCCACCAGAGCUCAGUUUGAGGGUCACGUUGAGGAACUUACUGAGAAACUUAAUUCUGCUUGCAGGCAAGUAGAUGUGCUUCGUAAGAAGAAUUUUGAUUUAGAAUCUGAACUGAAUGUCUGUCUUUGUAGAGAAUUAAAUUGCAUGGAAGAAAAUAUUACAUUGUUGACGAGUCUUGACUACCUAAAAUCUGAGUUAGAGGUCUAUGCUGCUCAGUGUAGAGCACUAAUUGAUCAAAAUAGUGCAACAGUAUCAGAGCAAAAGGAACACCAGAGUAGGACAGAAAGUGUCAGCAAUUCUUCUAACUCGUCUGAGAGUGAGUGUGUGCUUAAGGUUGCAAGGCUAGAGCAAUUGCUGGCAAAUGCUAGUAGGGAUGAGGAAAGACUCUUUUUGUCGAAGGAAGAAACUGAAGUCAAAUGUAUAGUUCUCCAGGGCAAAUUGGAUGAACUGGAAACUGCAAUUACUUCACUGAAACAAUCAGAUAACGAGCUGAUAAGGCUGCAGAAUCAAUGUAAUGAACUUACAAGGAGGCUUUCGGAACAGGUUCUUAAGACCGAGGAGUUUAAGAAUUUGUCUAUUCAUUUGAAGGAAUUGAAAGACAAGGCUGAAACUGAGAGUCUUAAUGCUCGUGACAGAAGAGGACAUGAAGGACCAAUGGUUGCUAUGCAAGAGUCGUUGAGAAUUGCAUUUAUCAAGGAACAAUAUGAAACUAAGUUGCAAGAACUGAAACAGCAACUGUCUUUGUCAAAAAAGCAUAGCGAGGAAAUGUUGUGGAAACUACAAGGCACAAUUGAUGAAACUGAGAAUAGAAAGAAGUCUGAAGCUUCUCAAAUAAAAAUAAAUGAAGAGCUGGGAAUGAAGAUCUUGGAAUUGGAGGCUGAGUUACAAGCUGUACUUUCUGACAAACGAAAUAUGUUAAAUGCGUAUGACCUGUUAAAGGCUGAAAAGGAGUGCUCAGUGAUGUCCCUUGAAUGCUGUAAGCAAGAAAAACAAGAGCUUGAAGCUGCUCUUCUGAAAUGCAGUGAGGAGAAGUCCAAAAUUGAAGUAGAGCUUACCCUGGUGAAGGAAUCAAUUGAGACUUUGAAAUCUAAUGUGAAUGUUCGGAAUGAAGGCAAUGACACAUUAUUUUCAUUAAAUCCUCACGAACAUGAGAGUGCAAAUUCAAUUCUCAAUUUGCAACCAGAGGAUCCUCUUGCGUUUAGAAUUAUGAAUGGAUGCCAAACUCUGGGAACUGAAGAGGACUUGCAACAAAAUGAAGAAAAAAAGCACCUGGCUUUAGCUGAAAGUUUGAAAUCUAGCAUUGAUCACCUGAAUAAGGAGUUGGAAAAGAUGAAAAACGAGAAUAUGCUUCCUACAGAAGAUGGUAAAAACCAUGAGCCAAGUUUUCCAGGUCUUCAAAGAGAACUGAUGCAGCUACACGAGGCCAAUCAAGAGUUAGGAAACAUGUUCCCUGUGUUCAAUAAAAUCUCUGUCAGUGGUAAUGCAUUAGAAAGGGUGCUUGCUUUGGAGAUUGAGCUUGCUGAAGCAUUGCAAGCCAAGAAGAAGUCAAGCAUCCAAUUUCAGAGUUCUUUCUCGAAACAACACAACGACGAAGAAGCAGUAUUCAGAAGUUUCAGGGAUAUCAAUGAGCUAAUUAAAGAUAUGUUAGAACUAAAGACAAGACAUUCUUCCAUGGAGACAGAACUGAAAGAGAUGCACGACCGUUACUCUCAAUUAAGUCUUCAGUUUGCAGAAGUUGAAGGUGAGAGACAAAAACUCAUGAUGACUCUUAAGAAUGCAAGAGUAUCCAAGAAAGCUCCAAAUUCCUUAUUGCCACACUAGAGCAACAUUCUUUAGUUUACCCCCCUUGCACAUGCCAAUAAUCCAUGCUUGGUUAAGAAUUAAGAUAUUUGUGGCCCCAUUAUAUCUCCCCUUUUGUUUAUUAAAUAGAUAUAUAGAUAUAUAGUUAAUGUUUCAUUAUAUAAGGGGCCCCAUCAACUAUGCCAAGAGUUAAUAUUUUUGCAAGGGUUGGUAUGCUAUUUCAUAACUUUCACAAGAUGCAGAUAAUAAUUUGUGUAAAUAAAGUAGUGUUUGUCCUUCACUCUUGACUCUAAGAAUCAAAGUAUAGAUAUCCCUGUAACACAUCUUUUACUCAAGCUUGAGUGUUGUAAUUGUUUUUCUGUACAGGAACAAGAUCUCAACAAUAUUUCUAUUUAAACUUUAUUUUGAUGAUAA